AUGGGAGCUGCGAAUAAAGAGAACCAAUUGAAAACGUUCCCAUUGGAGUCUAUGAUGGGAAAACGAGGACGCACCGACAUAUGGACAAACUCCAAGCACCAAUUACGUCCGCAUCUCGGGGUCCCACGCGACACAGGAACCCCUAUGUCGUACUGCAAGUACCCGAACCUUGGUGAGCAUGCAGCAGCGGUACCGGAAAUAAAUCACACUUUUCCGAGGGCUCGCUUGCCUGGAGCUGAACCAAGACGGUUCUCCCAGGUCAGGAACAGAGUCAGCAUUAGCAGCAGAAACAGCCAGGACCACAAGGAAGCAGACGACAAUGUUGGAGCGAGCCGAGAGAAAAUAAACACGCUCGGUGCUCGACUUCCCUCCACGAUUGACGCCGGUGCAAGUGUCACUCCCGGUAGAAUUUGCAAACCGACCCUCGUCGUCGCACUAUCGGCAAAAAUCCCGAAUUUCGGCAUACAGGAACUCAGCUUGCUAAAUAAGUUGGCGCCGCACGAAAAAAAAAAAAAAGGCCGGGGGGCGGAAAAGGGUGAGGAGGGAAAUUCCGGGAGGGUCGCCGACGAUAGAAGCCGCGGCGGCGGCGGUGGCGGCAAACAAACCAUGUCGAAGUCGAGUAUCGUCAUCGCUGCACUGAUCUUAGUCCUGUCCACAUCUUCUUUUGUGCAAGCGCGAUACAAGUUUGAAGACAACGUGCUCAUCCUGACAGAGGCGGAAUUUGAUCACGCCACACGCGAUUUCCAUCGUCUCCUCGUACUUUUCCCUCGGAAGUAUUUGUUGAUCGUUGCGGAUGUGAUCUAUACAGAUGCACCAUGGUGUGGAAUAUGCAGAGGGUUCAUGAAAGAUUACCGAAAAGCUGCGACGUUGUUGAGGCACGAAGGCAGUGACAUCGUUCUCGCAACUGUCAAUGGACACGUGGAGAAGUCCUUGACCAGACGAUUCAAGCUUCCGGGAUUCCCAGUCGUGAAGUACUAUAAAAACGGACUUCCACACAAGUACACAGGGGGACGAGGAGCGAAAAAUCUCGUCAUGUGGCUCAAGUCACAAUGA